AUGGCAAGAGUCGAUAACUUGGAAAGGAUGAAAGCACAACGCGACAAGAAUACCGCAGAUAUUGAGAACAUCAAGUCGAUGUUAAAUGCUCAAGUCGCAAGAAUGAAUGAUUUUUACAACCAAAUCAACAAGGAUCCUAUUUUUGAUCUGAAAAGAAAGAAAAGAGCUACCAUACCAGAUGAAGAACAAAUUGCGGCUGAUUUGGCUGAGCUCAAACGUCUACCCACUUGUUACGUGACUGGAUUCCCUGAACCAAAAGUCACGUGGUCUAAGUCUAUCGGUUCUUUGCCUGAUAAUCGUUCCGUUGUUAGAGAUGGACAGCUUACUGUACUAAAAGCUAAAAAAGAUGAUUCAGGAAUAUAUGUUUGCAAAGCUGAAAAUCGUUUUGGAUCCGCUUUGGGAUCAAUUUUGGUAAAUGUUAUCGAUCUGCCUGUAUUUGUUGUCAAGCCUCCAAAGACGUUUCCAGUUUUGGGAAAGAAAAUCGUUGUGUUGAACUGUACCGCUAUAGGUGACCCUCAGCCUGUCAUCAGUUGGAGAAAAGACAACGGCGUUCUUCCUGUUGGUAGAUAUGAAGUGAGAGAUGGCUCUUUGAUUAUAAGGAACGUCAAGAAAGCAGAUUCGGGUGUGUUUGUGUGCACUGCUACGAGUGCUGGAGUUUCUCAUUCACAUGUACGUUCGACAUUAACUGUACAACAUGCAAACGAUUGCGAUGAGCUUUACAAAUCAGGAGUGACACGUAGCGAUGUGUACACAGUUCAACCCGACAAGCAGCCUGCAUUUCAAGUCUACUGUGACAUGACAACUGACGGUGGGGGCUGGACUGUGUUCCAAAGAAGACAAGAUGGGUCGGUCGAUUUCUAUCGCAAUUGGCAGCAAUACAAAAGAGGUUUUGGAAACCUGAAUGGCGAGUUUUGGUUGGGUAACGAUUACAUCCAUCGACUGACAGCAAGAACAGCGUCGAGUCUGCGCGUCGAGUUGGAGGACUGGGACGGAACUAGGAAGUAUGCCAAAUAUGGUAGUUUUAGUGUUGGUGAUGAAUCAGACAAGUACAGGCUGAGGGUUGGCUCGUAUUCAGGUACUGCUGGGGACUCGUUGAUAUCUAAUCAUAACAACAUGGCGUUUAGCACAAAAGAUAGAGAUAACGACAACGCGGGUAUAAACUGUGCUGCACAUUUUAGAAAUGCCUGGUGGUAUAAUCGUUGUCAAGCAUCUCAUCUGAAUGGAAAGUACCCUGGAAACAAGAUAUCGUGGAAUUCAAUUACUUGGUACACUUUUCAUAAGAAUUUUCAAAGUUUGAAGAAAUCUGAAAUGAAAAUGCGUACUAGUGGAUUCUAAUACAUGAGUAGCAUAGUAAGAUAACGCACAAGUUAUUGCUCUUUGUUAUUUGAACAGACAUUUAUCAACGAUUUGUCAUCACGUGUGUGUUACGUAGUGU